AUGAUAUAUAUUCAGCUCCUGCCCCAUUGCCUGUCCUUCCGUGUUGAGGGCUUGCAGGUACUGAACGAGUGGCGAGUCGGGUUUGAGGGUUCUGUCAUCGCUCCAGACCCAGACGGCGCUUUGUUGGAUCUCGAACUAGCCGCGUCGUUUUACGUGGUCGAAGAUUCGAGCGAAGAAUUGACACCAGUCUGCUACGCAUCUGGUGAUUGUGAGCUUGUGAAAUAG